AUGAUCGCAAACGUUAACAAGGCGCUGCAUUACAUCGAAAGUAAAGGCGUCCAUCUGGUUUCUAUUGGACCGGAACAAAUUGUUGAUGGCAACACGAAAAUGAUCCUCGGAAUGAUAUGGACGAUUAUUUUACGUUUUUGUAUUCAAGAUAUCACAGUUGAAGAACUACACGCAAAGGAGGGACUUCUUUUAUGGUGUCAACGCAAGACGGCACCGUACAAUAAUGUGAACGUUCAAAACUUUCAUAUGAGCUGGAAAGAUGGAUUAGCAUUCUGUGCACUCAUUCAUCGUCAUCGACCGGAACUAAUUGAUUAUGCAAAACUCUCCAAGGAUAAUCCCAUCCAAAAUUUGAACUACGCUUUUGACGUCGCCGAGAAGUACCUCGAUAUUCCAAAGAUGUUGGAUGCAGAAGGUAAACCUAUUUCUCGUCGAGGGUCGAUUGUACAUCUUACUUUUAAGAACACCAUUAUGAACGUCCUUUUUGCCUUUUUUGUUUGUUAG